AUGUCGUUUCAGGCUUUAACCGAGCCCGCAUGCGUCAUGCUUGAGUUUCUGUCCCUCCUCGCGCCUGACGGCAUUCCCGACUACAACAACAUCCGCUUCGCGCAGAAGUGUUUGCUCGAAGCUAAUGCUCUGAGGCGCAGGGUGUCAGGCGUGAUAGAGGAGCUCCUCUCUCUUAGUCUUGUCCAGCGAGACGCCAACACAGAUAAUAUCUCGGUCCACCGCCUUGUGCAGUCCGAGUUCCGCUAUCACCUCAAGACCACGCUCCAACAAAGGUUCCAAGACGCUUCUCAGCUGGUUUACCACGCAUUCCCUAAGCAGGUUUUUGGCCGGACCUUCCGCCCCCAUUUUCAAGAAUGCGCAACACUCAUCCAGCACGUCUACUCUCUCCGCGACCACGCCGAGCAGACCGCCACCGGGACCCGCAGCGGCCAGCACGGCGACGGCCUCCGCCCCUCCAAGGACUUCUGCCGCCUCAUGUGUAAUGCAGCAUACUACCUCGUCGAGACGGGUACAACAAAGGAACUGGCCAGGAUGGUGGACAUCACGAUGGCGGCGUUCAAGUCCACCGGGCUUUCGGACGAGGAUCUGCUUUCCUUCGCCCACUUUUGCAACUCGGCAGCACUGGAGCGGGAGAUGAACGGAGACUUUGCUGCUGCCAAAGACCUCCUCGAGCGGGCCCGAGACAUCCGUUGUCGCGAGCUGCCAUCGGGGCAUGAGGAUAUCUGGGUGGUCAUGAACAACCUCGGUAAUCUCAACCUGUCGCUGGGCAACUAUUCCGAGGCAUUGAGGUAUCACCUUCUCUGUCAAGAGUCGGUCGCGAUGGAGGUCAAGGACAACGUGCAAAUGAACUGGAAUAACCUUGGGAGGUGCUACACUGGAUUGGGCCGGUACUCUGAGGCGAUGGGCGCGUUUGAGAAAGCCAAGCUGGUCAACGGUUCGGAGUUGGGGUUCAGGACCUAUUACUACUGGGUCGGCAACAUGUACAUGGCCCAGGGGAACCUGGACGCGGCAAAGACCAUGUACACUGAGGGGCAAGAACGGUUGAGAGCUGUCGGGGAGGCAAUCUCAGCCGAUAUGGCCGUCUGCCUGUAUAAGCUGGGGCUGAUUGCCCUGCGCAAGUACUCUGGGAGCAGAGCCAAGGAAGAACUCGACCAGGCCAUAAGCCACUUCCGCGAGGCGAUUACCAUGAUGGAAUUUCUAAAAGUGGCCGACUGCGAAGUAGCUCGGGCUUCAUACAUGCUAUCAACAGCCCUCCUUCUCCGGGCCGGCGGUGAGGCCGAAGCGGCGGUGUGGUUGGAGAAGGCGGAGAGGGUCAGAGAAUGGAUGCAGGGAACCGGGUACAAGGCGGAAGCCCAUGGCGACGCCGUGUAUGACAUGCUCGUGGAGUCCUGGGUGAGAUAG